GUAAUACUAUGCGUUUCACUAUUGAAAAUAAUAAAUUAACAAAUAUUAAUAUGAAAAUGUAGCAUUUAGUUGUCCGAUGCGCAAGAGCAAUAGCAAUCACAGAUCUUAUAAGAAUUAGUAACGUGUCCUAAAAUUUACAUUCAAUGGACAAAAGUUAGUCUCUGCCGGUGAAAUGGAUUUUUGGAAAGGAGUUUUGAAUAAUUUUUUCUAUAUAUUAUUACUGAAUUUAUUGUAUGGAGUAUUAGGCUCUGAAGUACUAAGGCCCCGAGGGGUUUCUUUAUCACGAGCACCCUUAUACAAUCCUGAGGAAGCUUUUACUUGUUUUGAUAAAAGUAAAUCUAUUCCUUUUUCUCAUGUAAAUGAUGAUUACUGUGAUUGUUCUGAUGCUAGCGACGAGCCUGGAACCUCAGCUUGUCCUCAUGGAAUAUUUUAUUGUGUGAAUGCAGGAUUCAAACCAAUGAACAUCGGUUCAAGUAGAGUAAAUGAUGGAAUUUGUGAUUGCUGUGAUGGUGCAGACGAGUAUGCAAGUGGGGCCAAAUGUAUCAACAACUGUGUUGAGCUUGGAAGGUUUGCUAGGGAAAAAGAAUUACAGAGGGAAGAACUCUUGAAGGCAGGGAAGCAACUGAGGGAAGAAUUCAGUCAGAAAGGUAUUCAAGAAAAACAACAGAGAAAAGAGAAAUUAAUGGAAAUUGAGAAAAACAAAGAGGAAGCAGAUAGAGUAAAAGCUGAAAAGGAAAAAUUGAAAAAUGAAGCUGAAGAACUUGAAAACACUGCUUUAGAUUACUACAGAAAAUUAGAAGAAGAACAAAACAAGCAGAAAGCUGAAGCCGAAGCCCUCAAAUUGAGAGUAGAAGCUUCUGAUGCUUUUAAUAGGUACGACUUAGAUCAAGAUGGAAAAGUCUCUUUUUCUGAAUUGCAACAAUUCGAAACCUUUGAUAAGGAUAAAAAUGGGGAAGUAUCUGAAGAAGAAGCCAAAUAUUUCUUGAUUGAUCAAGAAGAAGCUGAUAUUGAAAAAUUUGUAAGUGAUGUGUGGAACCGUAUCAAACCUUACCUCAUGAUUGAAUCAGGAUCAUUCAGGGACACUAAAGACUCUGAUGAAAAAGCUGUUGAGGAGGAAGAAGGAGAAUUCAAUGAAGAAGAACAAACAGAAGAAGAUGGAGAAGAUGAAGAGGAGAACACAGAAAAAGAACAACAAGAACCAGAAGUCCAAGAGGAGAGCCCACCUCCUAUUGUGUAUGAUGAUGAAACUCAAAAGUUGGUGGAUGCUGCCACAGCAGCUAGAAAUGAGUUCUCAAAUGCUGAAUCAGCUGUGAAAGACCUAGAGGCAGAAAUAAGGGAUAUAAAAGAAUAUUUGGAGAAGGACUUUGGUCCAGAUGAAGAAUAUGCGCCUUUGCUUGGACAGUGUUUUGAAUAUGUUGAUCAUGAAUAUGUCUAUAAACUCUGUCCAUUCGACAAGACUGUACAACAACCCAAAUCAGGUUCAAUGGAAACACGUCUAGGCUCUUGGGGGCACUGGUCAGGUCCAGAUCAUAACAGGUAUGAAAGAAUGACAUUUGAGAGAGGACAAGCUUGUUGGAAUGGUCCCCAGAGGUCUACUGUUGUGACUGUUACUUGUGGUAGUGAUAAUAAAUUAACUUCGGUAACUGAACCAAAUAAAUGUGAAUACGUUUUUGAAUUUUCAACUCCUGCAGCAUGUUAUGAUCUAGCAAGGGAUCCACAGGAAAAUGCCCAUGAUGAACUUUGAGUAUUAAUUUCCUUUUUAGUGAAGUGAUGGAAUAAAUUCAACUUAAAGUUGUUUUUUAAGAAUAAGUAAAUAUUUUGUCUUAUGUUUUAUGUGAUCCUUUUGAUUAUAAAACUUUUUAUACAAUCUUUUAUGGGAUACGUAUCAACGAUAGAUUAGAUGUUUCUUGAUGAAAUCAUGUAAAAUUAUAUAGGUCAGUUGUGGAUUGUGUUAUAGAUCAAAAGUGGAAGAAUGCAAAAUUGAUAUUUACACAUUAUCACAAAUAAAAUUAUUUAAAGUGA